UUGAAAGAGAUUAAAAUGAGCCAAACUACAAACCGAUCUUGUUACAAAAGUAGCAGAUACACAAAAUAUUUGGUGAUAGGUCACAGGAGAAAUAAACACCCUGAGGAACGACGUGUACUCCUGAACCUCCGCGAGUGCGUUUUGCGCACGCGCCUCCGCCAUCGACGCCUCGAAAUCAACGUAGAACCUAAACCGCCGGUGAUGGAGCUGGAAUUCUCAGCGGAAGCUACUUUGCUUGCUAAGAUGGCGCAUGAGCUCUGCCAAUCGGCUCGGCUCGAGCCAACACCAUUAGGGAAGCUAAACGACUCAGACCUCGAACAGACACACGCUUUCCAUUUGCGUGAGAGUAACGCACAUUUGAGAUCACACGAGAACGCAGGCGAAACAGCUUGCAUGAUUUUUGACUCGAAAGAAAACAUGGUUAAUACCAGGUUUUACAUACGUGUCAGUUGUGGACUUGUGGUUUCCAAAUAG